CACCGUCAGUUACAGGAGCUGUUCCUGCUGACAGCUAGCGCUAUCUCGGGUCGGGCCUCCGCGGGUUGGCUCGGUGCGUUUCUUUAUUUAUUUGUACAGUAAACAGUAUGGCGGCCGCGGAUCACCGGGCCUCGAGUGACGGCGGUCCGGCCAGCCGAGGAGGAUUCCCGGCCGGGGAGAGCAGCAACAACCGCGACGGUCCGGGCGGCGGCAGCGGCGAGAGCGAGCGGGACCGAGCCACCUUCGAGUGCAACAUUUGUUUGGACACUGCCACGGACGCAGUCAUCAGUAUGUGCGGACACCUGUUCUGCUGGCCCUGUCUUCACCAGUGGUUGGAGACGCGGCCCAGCCGGCAGCAGUGUCCCGUGUGCAAGGCGGGCAUCAGCAGAGAGAAAGUAAUCCCGCUGUACGGCAGAGGGAGCUCCAGCCAAGAGGACCCCAGGUUGAAAACUCCACCUCGGCCUCAGGGGCAGAGAACAGAGCCUGAGAGCAGAGGCGGGAUGUUCCGCGGUUUCGGGGACGCUGGCUUCCACAUGUCUUUCGGCAUCGGUGCGUUCCCCUUCGGCUUCUUCACGACAGUCUUCAACGCCAACGACCCCUUUCACAGAGCAGACCAGUACGCAGGUGACCACCAAGGCAACGGUAACAUCAACAACGGCAAUAACAACUGGCAAGACUCCCUGUUCCUGUUCGUGGCCAUCUUCUUCUUCUUCUGGCUUCUGAGCGUUUGAUGCGGACCAGGUGGCGGCUACAUGAGUGAUACUGAUGUCUGGGAGGGAGGAGCGCAUAAAACAAACAACAAACACAACUCGUACACUUAACUCGAGCCACAGACACACACUCACGUUACAUUUUCUAACCGGGGAGAGAGACAGUGGAGCGUGGUGUUUGAAACUAUGAAUACAGCAGUUUGAUUUUCACUUCCUCAUUAUAUCAAAUCACUUCAAGACACCCCCCUCCCCCUGCUCUUUAUUUAUGCAAGAAACUCACUGGAAAGUAGUGCUGCGCCAAUCCCAAAAUAAGUUAGCCCUCCCAGUCCGCACACACCUGUAGAUAGAUGCACGGAAAGAAUACAGAGACAGUAUUAUUUGAUCAGGCUGAGCUAUGGCAGAGUUUAGUUUCUUUUGGUGCCGAGCCCUACAGAAGAAGAAAUUUGGGUGGAGGGCAAGGAGGGGUGGCGUGUUCUUUAAAAGGCCAAAGAGUAGCAGAUCAUUCACACAGUGUGGCGGAGGCUGAGUAGUAACGUUCCCGUUUAUGGCUUCCUGUUCUAGAAUUAGCGGCAGACAGAAGCGGCACCGUCGGAUGCGUUUUUCUAAACAUUUGUCUUAACAAAAACUGCCUUUGCACUGUGAAGUCGUAUGUAGACGGAGCUGCCCUAAACGUCGGGGUGCCUGUCGGUGUUGGACCACUGUCAGCUUGUAGUUUCUCGUAUAUUGCAAAGCUGGAAAAAUGUGUAAAGGGUUGUUUUUCAUACCCAUAUGAGCAACUUUAAAGAAAAACAAUGUGAGAUGCACAGUUUAACUGGCUGGUUACUUAAUGUCAGCAUAACAAGGGGGCCGAGGCAUUUAACACACAAACCAUUUGCAGGAUUGAUGAGCAGCAGUUCGGUGAACUGUUCCCCCUCCCCCUGCGUGUGAUUUAAAAAAGAAAAACCCUAACACUUCCUUUAAUUUUCCUGUUUGUGUGUGUAAACCUUACGUAUUUGUACAUAUGGAUAUUGUAAAUUUUUACGUGUUUCUGACUGGAGGACCAUUCGUGGAGAGCAAAAGAGGAGGAAAUGUGGGCCUUGAGAUGAUUGAGUAAUGCGAGAAAUGAUCGGCUUCCUGCUUUUCAGAGCGCCUUUGUUAAAAGGGAAAAAAAAAACAAAGUAAAUAAGCCCCCCCUCCUUCAAAGUUUGUCACCUAAGAAAGAAGUUUGUUGUUUCCUGCUAAAAGUGGUAAUUUGAUGAGGCUUGGUGCACAAUGUUGUUCUCCUUUUACUGUACAGCAGAGUAACUGAGUGACAUGAAUUCAGUGUGUUAAAAAUGUGAAGUACAAAGUGCUGAAAGACCCCAAUUCAGUCUUCUCUUUAACGUUCUAGUCUGAACUGGGCCAAAAUAAACAGAGUUGGACAGGUCUUUAUGUCUCAUGUGUCCCCUGUUAAAAUCUCGCACAGGUACCCAGAAUUCAGCUACAAAGAUGUGAACUACUAGGAGUCUGAUAAGCUCACUCCUUCCUCAGAUUUCUUUCCUUCUUCAGGCCACAGUAAGUUCUGCCUGUGACGUGUACAAUGGGUCAAGGCGAACUCAGCUGAUCUGUAUCCAGUGAAUCAGGUCCUUAGCACUUUAAGGUUCACAUCGGGGUCAGAGGUGUCACUGCCGGGGGCUCAUCUUUUCUUUUCUUGCCUGUUGAAGCUACACUUUGUAUUAUGAAGCUUAUGUGACACUAAAACAAGUGAUGGAAGUCUUUGGAUAAACAUGGAAACAGUGCAAAAUCAAAAUGAUCUAGGAAAUUAAGAGUUGAUUAAAAUAUUGUCCCAUUCUGUGUCAUCAUUUUGUAUCAUCAUUCUCAAAGGACUGAAUUUUAUUGAAGUGGACAUCGAAAUGAUUAACUUACAGAAAAUUGUCUCAAGUUAUUCACUUAAAGCUUCUCAGAUGUGAUCACUUGCUGCAUUAAAACCUGACUGUUCUUUUCCUUA